GCUGGAUGUGGCUCCUGUUCGACUCCAAUGGCCUGUUUCAAAUCGCGAGCAACUGAUGCUUAGGGUUUAAAGCGUCUCGAUGUAAUUUAGGGGUUUCGUAAGGAUUGAAACUGAGAAUUUGAGAUAGAACGCGGUGGGAGUAAGCGCCUUCCUCUCUCCAUGCUGUGCAAUUAGAAUUAUUUGUGUUUAUUAUGAUUUGGUAGGGAGAACCCUCUGAGAUAGGCAUCAGUUUAGAGCUGAGGAUAAGUUACCAAUUACUUAUUCAGUUUGUAAAUUUUCAUGAUAGGAAAUGGUGAUAGAAUUGUUUUGGUGAAAUGAAUAGAAAUCACCUGCUGUGUUAGCUAGGAUUGGUCUGAUGGAUGGAUGCAACCUACUUCUGAUAGUAACAAAUGGUAUUUUAUAGCCUAGACACAAUUGCUGGGUUGAACAAUACAAAAAUUGAGUAGAUGAUUAGCUUAAUUUGGCUGAUUAUUUAAUUAGCCUGUUAGUUUCUUGCGAUGAAAUGUAUAAGGUAGCCAAGUUAUAGAAUGUGGUAACAACAGAUCCGGCUGUGCUUGACCAUGUUGCCAUAUAUGAGUAGUAGAAGUUGUUCUGUGAGAUUACCAUGCUAUUCGGUCAAGAAAGGAAUACCUAGAUGUUAUGAUUGGUUAUAGUCUGAAAUCAAUUAAUCUGGUUGAUUUACUUUGGUGGUUAUUGAAAAAAAACAAGGCCUGUGUUAGAAACGACGGCGAACAAACGGCAAAGAACAAGAAGAUCAAACCACAGGAGACACGAGGAUUUAAUGUGGAAAACCCUCCCAAUGCGGAAGGGAAAAACCACGGGCACCAGCCAGCAAAUCUUCACUAUAUCGGGUGUGUGUUUACAACGCCUAGCGGCGGCUUACAAGAGGAAUCAACUGAAUGAGGAGCAAACCCUAAAGGGUAUAUGGACGGGCCUCCGCUUCGCUCCGUCGGAAGUCGGCCUUUUCUUGUGCAAUGAAUUUGGAUCACAAUAUAACAGCCUGACCAUCACCAUGCACUUGUACUUAACUAACUGAUUGGACCUCAUUGACAGUAGCUCAUGUGUGUCUGUUUGGGUUUGAUCAACAGCACCAUGCAAGCUGCUUCUUCUUGUUAGUUCAAGGUCCAAUAUACAGCUCCCCGAGGUGUAUGUGCUCAGGUCAAUAAAGGGCCAUCAACUGCUGCAGGACUGGAGCUCCAAGAUAUCAAAUGCUGCCAUUGGAGACUGAUCUCAACACUCUCCCUAUGAUUCCAAACAUCCCGGAGAAGGUUUUUCCAAAUGAUGCAAAGAAUACUGAAGGAUUACGGUAUGACAGUGGACUUGUCAACCAGAACUUAUCAAAGAAGUGUGAAGCACUAGCUGUGUCAGGUUUAGCGGAAUAUGGUGAUGAGAUAGAUGUGAUUGCCCCUGCUGAUAUUCUGAAGCAGAUUUUCAAAAUACCAUACUCCAAGGCACAGGUAUCCAUUGCUGUGAACCGUAUAGGAGAUACACUCAUUCUGAACACAGGGCCUGAUGUUGAUGAAGGUGAAAAGAUAUUUAGAAGACAAAACAACCAGCCUAAAGGAUCUGAUCCAUCGAUUUUUCUGAAUUUCGCGAUGCACUCCGUGCGAGCAGAAGCUUGUGAUUGCCCCCCAAGUCAUCAACCUUCACAGGAGAAGCAAACAGCCUCAGCAGUCUUACGUGGACCCUUUGGCUGUAGGGAGGGUUCUUUUGAUUCGCCACCAUCAUCUAGUUUUAGCACGUCACCAUAUCUGGAUCAGAAUGAUAGUAAAAGUAGAAAAGGUCCACAUGGUACUCAUGAAAGCCUGUACUUAGGAGCAAGGAAAAAUAAGCAAAAAACAAAAGGAUCUGAUCCUAUAAAAAAAACCACUCGUGUUGGAGAAAAAACCAGCUGUGAGAUGCAAGAAUCUGAGAAGAGCAAGAGAGUGGGAAACAAUGGAUUCCGGAAGGUUUGCUUUUGGGAAUUCCACAAUUUCCAUAUGCUUUUGGGUAGUGACUUGCUCAUAUUUAGUAAUGAGAAAUAUGUUGCAGUCAGCUUGCACCUAUGGGAUGUUUCUAGACAGGUUACUCCACUGAACUGGCUUGAAGCUUGGCUCGACAAUGUGAUGGCAAGUGUUCCAGAAUUGGCCAUAUGUUAUCAUCAGAAUGGUGUUGUUCAAGGUUAUGAGCUUUUAAAGAAUGAUGAUAUAUUUCUACUUAAGGGUGUCUCAGAUGAUGGCACACCUGCAUUUCAUCCACAAGUUGUCCGGCAAAAUGGCCUCGCUGUCCUAAGGUUCCUUCAGGCUAACUGUAAGCAAGACCCUGGUGCAUAUUGGCUGUACAAAGGCGCUGAAGAAGAUGUCAUACAGUUAUAUGAUCUGUCUAUCUUGCCUGAAAAACAUACAGCUGGUGAUCAUAGAUCUCCAUGUGGUCCUAUGUCAUCCUUUAUAAACAAGGGGAGAAAGGAGUCAUUGUUGUCUUUGGGUACACUCCUUUAUCGUGUUGCUCACAGGAUGUCCUUAUCUAAGGUGCCUAGUAAUAAAGCAAGAUGUGCACAGUUCUUCAGGAAAUGUUUGGACUUUCUCAGUGAGCAGGAUCACCUGGUUGUCCGGGCAUGUGCUCAUGAACAGUUUGCCAGGCUCAUCCUGAAAUGCUAUGAGGAGUUGGAAUUGGAAUUGACAUCUGAAUCAUUUAUGAUUGAAUCUGAAGUCACCCUUACUGAUCUGGAUGAUGAUUCUCCAGAGUUGAGACUCGAGAAUUUACCAUCAAAACAAAAUGUAUUGCCAGAGAUUAGCAAGAACGAGCCAGCAGCGUUAGACGAUAUGUUGGAAUGUUCACCAUUGGUGUCUUCUGGUACAACAGAUAGUUUAGUAGAACCAAGCCAUGUUGAUGAUGGUUCUUCAUCUUCCGUUGCAAAAGUAGACAUUUCUAUGGAUAGCUUGGUAAUGUGCCGGACGGGAAUAUCAAAAACAAUUGCUGAUGCGAUCUCCUCUAAAUUGGCUGCCAUACACCACAUAUCUCAAGCUAUCAAAUCCCUUAGAUGGAAUCGUCAACUGCAGAACAAUCAGGAUGGUUGCGACGACAGCGCAGAUACCAUUUGGGAGAGGUCAGUCGACUUCUCUUUAUGCCGAUGUGGUGAUGUUGAUUGUAUUGAAGUCUGUGAUAUUAGGGAGUGGCUGCCAAAAUCGAAAAUGGAUCAUAAGUUGUGGAAACUUGUUCUCUUGCUUGGGGAAUCUUAUUUGGCACUUGGAGAGGCAUACAAGAAUGAUGGGCAGCUUCAGCGCACCCUUAAAGUUGUUGAAUUAGCAUGUUUGGUUUAUGGGUCUAUGCCUGGACAUCUUGAUGGUGAUGAGUUCAUCUCAUCCAUGUCCUGUUCAUUGGGCCAGGAAGAUGUUGAUCUAAAAACCAAACUUGUACUGGAUGAGGCAGGCUAUUGUAAGGACACCGAAUGCUUCAGCUAUGAAAUUUCUUCCCAACGGUUGCCACCCAAUUAUUUAUUUUGGGCAAAGGCAUGGAUGCUUGUUGGUGAUGUCUAUGCAGAAUAUCACAGAUUGAGUGCUCAGCAAGCAAAGGUAGUACCAGAACAAAAGUCUCGUGGUGAAGUUAGAAUGUCGAACGAAGUAGCAUUGGAAGUCAAACGUCUUAAGAGAAAAUUGGGAAAGGAUAAGCAGAACUGUGGCACAUGCUCUUUGAUAAACUGUAGCUGCCAAAGUGACAGGGCAAGUAGUGGAAGCAGUGCAAGUAGCAGUAGUCCUGAGGCCUCCACAAUCUAUGGUCGAAAGAAAAAUAAAAAAUCACUUGGCAGGAACCCUCAAUCACAAUAUAAAGUAACCGAGGAGAACCCUAUGGCACAGGAAGCUACACAAGGUUCUGAAAAGCAGCAGGAUAGUGUGAAAGAUACGUGUAAUGGAAACAAUUCAGUAUCAGAUGAUGAUGUUGAUCACCACAAUCAUGCUAGGGAAAAUCAGUCUAGAAAUAUGGAUGGUGUUCCCGAUAAAUCUCACACAAGUAUUCCCACUGUGAGGGAUGGUGGCAUCUUCAAGAUCCUGGGUGGUCCCAAACCAGGAGAUGUUGAGUACAACUUGUCUUCUGCUAUUCACUGUUAUGGUGCAGCCAAGGGAGCAUUGUUCGCAUAUCCUGUGCGUUCAGCAGAAAUUUCCACUGUUCUUAAGAAGAGAGGCUGGGCAUUUAAUGAACUGGGCCGCUGUAGACUUGAGACUAGAAAUCUUAGUAGUGCUGAGAUUGCUUUUGCAGAUGCUAUUAGAGCAUUUCAGGAGGUCUAUGAUCACACAAAUGUUAUAUUGAUCAACUGCAACUUAGGUCAUGGUAGGAGAGCAUUAGCAGAGGAAUGUGUGUCCAGGAUUGAUGAAUUUCAGAAGUUUGAUCUUCCUGAAGGCACAUAUAUGCAAUCAUUUAAGUCAGCCAAGUCAGAAUAUUUUCAAGCAAUAAACUACUAUUCAACAGCUAAGAGGCAACUGAAGUAUGUAAAUACUGAGGUUGAUAAAGUACUGUACCAUGAGGUUUAUACACAGUAUGCCCAUACCUACCUGAGACUUGGUAUGCUUUUGGCAAGGGAAAGCUUCUUAGCUGACAGUUAUGAAGGCGGACUCAUUGAUGACUCGUCUAACAGAACAGUUCUAGAGAUUUCAGCAAGUGAUGCUUUUCGGGAGGCUUUGUCUACUUAUGAAUCCCUUGGUGAGCAUCGCAAACAGGAAGCUGCUUUUGGUCAUUUUCAGCUGGCUUGUUAUCAGAGGGAUCUGUGCUUAAGAUCUCUGGACUUAGUUGACAAGGAGGUUAAACAGAAAAAUGACGAUAAAUAUCGUCAGAAAAGCAAGUGGUAUGGUUCCCGAGCAGAGAAGAACUGGCAGAAGGCUUUAGAAUUCUAUGGUCCGAAGACACAUCCUACUAUGUUUCUUAAUAUCCUUAUGGCACUGUCUGCCCUUUGCAUUAAUAUCUCUAAUUCCUUUCACUCAACUUCGAUGCUUGAAACUGCACUGGGUCACUUGUUGGAAGGGCGGCAGGUGGUCGAGGCAAAUGAAGACUACUCCAACGAUGUGGAUCUGGACAUAAAGCCAAAGUUCUGGAGCCAACUGCAGAGCCUGCUGAAGAGGAUGCUGGCUGCAUCGCUACCUAGCAGCACUGGCAGAGUAGCUUCUGGCGCCCAGUCCAGCACUAGCAACAACGAAGCUGCUAAGCUGAAAGAGAUGUACCGUCUGUCGCUUAAGUCUUCCUCUCUGGGCCAACUGCAUGCGUUGCACAAGCUUUGGAUCUCUUAAAGACCUGCUUUACAAAUGGUCUCUGCCCAUGUUUUCUUGUCGGCAUCUAAUCUUAUAUAGUUGUGAAUCGUGAUCACGCUGUCUUCUAUCAAGUUUUCACUGCACACUUGUGGAGUGUCCUAGUGUGACUGUGACCUCCAGGUCAAGUUGUAUAUCUGAUAGUACGGUUAUAGUUGAUGUGAUUGUAUUACGUACUUUAAAACUCGAAAUAAGCACAUAUUUUUGUAUUGUAAAGUGCCAAUUUGUUUGUGCCCUAUUGGCCUACUUUACCAA